UAUGAUUCGUAUUUAGUAAUUAUAGAGUCAAAUUGUGGAACCAGCUGGACUCAAAGGAUAGUAUUACGAAUAAGUAAAAAAUGACGAUUAUAUGUGUAUAGAGACCAUAAAAUAAAUUGGAAUGGUUUAAAAAUAAUGGAUGGGGAUAUAAGGAUACAAAAUUUAUCUUAGAAUAAGAUGGAGGUGUCAGAUUGACUGGAAAUAAAUACAGAUUUUCAAAUUAGAGGAUGAUGAAAUUUAAGGAAUGGGCAGAAGCUAAAGUUGGAAUUGAUUUAAGUCUUAAUUGUGAAGCAUAAAAUGAAAUUCCUGCAGAUCCACCUAUAAUUAAUGAAUAAUUUAUGAAUGCCAUUUAAGGGUAAUUUAAUGAGAUCUCCUUUGAUAAUGCAUAAAGAAUAUUACAUUCUCAUGGACAUACAAUGUAAGAGGUAUAUAAUAUAUUAUAUAUAGAUUUAUGAAUUAAGACAUGGUAAAUUAGCUAGAAUAGUAGAUUGUGUAGUGUUUAUAAAUUCUCAUGCUUAAGCAGAAUUAUUAGUCAAAUUAGCUGUAGAAUACAAUGUAAUGUUGACAGUAUAUGGAGGAGGAACUAAUGUUACAUGGGCAUUAUAAUGUCCAAAAGAAGAAAGAAGAAUGAUUGUUUCUGUUGAUACAUCAAGAAUGAAUCAUGUAAGAUGGGUAGACAGAAAGAAUAUGACAGCUUUGGUUGAAACUGGAGUUACAGGAAAGGAUUUAGAGAAGGAAUUAUCAAGAUAUGGAGUAGUAUGUGGACAUGAACCUGAUUCUGUAGAAUUUUCAACUCUUGGAGGUUGGAUUAGUACAAGAGCAUCAGGAAUGAAAAAGAAUCGUUAUGGAAAUAUAGAAGAUAUCAUUUUAUCUGUUAAAGUUGUUACUCCCACUGGAACUUUAUCAUAAAGUUUAGAUUAUCCAAGAGUAAGUAGUGGUCCAGAUUUGAAUUAAAUUGUUUUGGGAUCUGAGGGUACUAUAGGUAUUAUCACUGAAGCAGUUAUUAAAAUAAAAGCUCAACCUGAAGUAAUAUAAUAAUUUUAUAUAAAGGUUUGUAAAUAUGAAUCAAUUCUUUUCCAUAACUUUGCUUUGGGUACUGAAUUUAUGUAUAAAUUAUCAAGAAGUAAAGUUUGGCCAGCUUCAGUUAGAUUAGUUGAUAAUAAUUAAUUUUAAUUUGGAAUGGCUUUGAAAACAAUGCCUCAUAGUAAAAGAGAAGAAUUUAUGGAUAAGGUGAAAAAGUAUUUCAUCACAUAAUUUAUGCAAUAUGAUCCAGAUUAAAUGUGUUUAGUAACAGUAGUUUUUGAAGGAACUAAAUAAGAAGUUGAAUUUUAAGAAAAGAAAGUUUUUGAGUUGGCUAAAUUUUAUAANAGAUUUUCAAAUUAGAGGAUGAUGAAAUUUAAGGAAUGGGCAGAAGCUAAAGUUGGAAUUGAUUUAAGUCUUAAUUGUGAAGCAUAAAAUGAAAUUCCUGCAGAUCCACCUAUAAUUAAUGAAUAAUUUAUGAAUGCCAUUUAAGGGUAAUUUAAUGAGAUCUCCUUUGAUAAUGCAUAAAGAAUAUUACAUUCUCAUGGACAUACAAUGUAAGAGGUAUAUAAUAUAUUAUAUAUAGAUUUAUGAAUUAAGACAUGGUAAAUUAGCUAGAAUAGUAGAUUGUGUAGUGUUUAUAAAUUCUCAUGCUUAAGCAGAAUUAUUAGUCAAAUUAGCUGUAGAAUACAAUGUAAUGUUGACAGUAUAUGGAGGAGGAACUAAUGUUACAUGGGCAUUAUAAUGUCCAAAAGAAGAAAGAAGAAUGAUUGUUUCUGUUGAUACAUCAAGAAUGAAUCAUGUAAGAUGGGUAGACAGAAAGAAUAUGACAGCUUUGGUUGAAACUGGAGUUACAGGAAAGGAUUUAGAGAAGGAAUUAUCAAGAUAUGGAGUAGUAUGUGGACAUGAACCUGAUUCUGUAGAAUUUUCAACUCUUGGAGGUUGGAUUAGUACAAGAGCAUCAGGAAUGAAAAAGAAUCGUUAUGGAAAUAUAGAAGAUAUCAUUUUAUCUGUUAAAGUUGUUACUCCCACUGGAACUUUAUCAUAAAGUUUAGAUUAUCCAAGAGUAAGUAGUGGUCCAGAUUUGAAUUAAAUUGUUUUGGGAUCUGAGGGUACUAUAGGUAUUAUCACUGAAGCAGUUAUUAAAAUAAAAGCUCAACCUGAAGUAAUAUAAUAAUUUUAUAUAAAGGUUUGUAAAUAUGAAUCAAUUCUUUUCCAUAACUUUGCUUUGGGUACUGAAUUUAUGUAUAAAUUAUCAAGAAGUAAAGUUUGGCCAGCUUCAGUUAGAUUAGUUGAUAAUAAUUAAUUUUAAUUUGGAAUGGCUUUGAAAACAAUGCCUCAUAGUAAAAGAGAAGAAUUUAUGGAUAAGGUGAAAAAGUAUUUCAUCACAUAAUUUAUGCAAUAUGAUCCAGAUUAAAUGUGUUUAGUAACAGUAGUUUUUGAAGGAACUAAAUAAGAAGUUGAAUUUUAAGAAAAGAAAGUUUUUGAGUUGGCUAAAUUUUAUAAGGGAUUUAGAGCAGGAGCUGAAAAUGGAGAAAGAGGAUAUUUCUUAACAUAUAUGAUUGCAUAUUUAAGAGAUUUUGCUAUGUAAUUUUAAUUUAUUGCAGAAUCUUUUGAGACAGCAGUAGGAUGGAAAAAUGUUCCUGCUGUUUGUGAAAAUGUAAAAAAAUGAUUUGAUUAAUAGAUUUAAAGAAGAAUAGUAGAAGAGUGUUCAAAAAGAGGAGUUGAAAAGGAACCAUUUGUUUCAUUUAGAAUUUCUUAAGUUUAUGAUACAGGAGCUACUAUUUAUGUUUAUUUUGGUUUUGGUUAUAAAGGAAUUGCAGAUCCAGUUAAAUGUUAUUCUGAGAUUGAGGAUGCUGCAAGAGAGGAGAUAAUGAAGAAUGGAGGUUCAAUUUCUCAUCAUCAUGGUAAAUAAUUUAAAUUAAUUUAUUUUAGGUGUUGGUAAGCUAAGGAAAUAAUUUAUGUAAAGAUAAAUUGGAGAUACUGGAGUAGAAAUAUUAAAAAAAAUUAAAUAAUAGAUAGAUCCAAAGAAUAUAUUUGGAAAUUAGAAUUUGAUAUGAA